CGUCACGAAGUCUGCGCGUCACGAGGCCGGCAGGGGCUUAGCCCCGGUCCCGCGUCCGCGUGUAGCCGUACGUAAAGCGUGCGGGGUUUCGCGACAGCCCAGGCCCCACCCCUUUGGCCACAUGUCGCGCAUGUCUUCCUGUCGGACACUGUGCCACCUCGCCGCGCAACUUUACGAACCUAGAGCAGCACCGCCCCGCCUACUGUCUCCGUCCUCACCUCCCAGCCCCCUCCCAGCUUCGCGUCUCCGCUAGAAUCACGUGAUUGCCUCAUCCGGGUCCUUUGCGUUCUCUUUCCCUCUCCCAACAUGGCGGCCUCAGCAAAAAAGAAGAAUAAGAAGGGGAAGACUAUCUCCCUUACAGACUUUCUGGCUGAGGAUGGGGGGACUGGUGGAGGAAGCACCUACGUUUCCAAACCAGUCAGCUGGGCUGAUGAAACAGAUGACCUGGAAGGAGAUGUUUCAACAACUUGGCACAGUAAUGAUGACGAUGUGUAUAGGGCGCCUCCAAUUGACCGUUCCAUUCUUCCCACUGCUCCACGGGCUGCUCGGGAACCCAAUAUCGACCGGAGCCGUCUUCCCAAAUCGCCACCCUACACUGCCUUCCUGGGGAACCUACCCUAUGAUGUGACAGAAGAGUCAAUUAAGGAAUUCUUCAGAGGAUUAAAUAUCAGUGCAGUGCGUUUACCACGUGAACCCAGCAAUCCAGAGAGGUUGAAAGGUUUUGGUUAUGCUGAAUUUGAGGACAUGGAUUCCCUGCUUAGUGCCCUGAGUCUCAAUGAAGAGUCUCUAGGUAACAGGAGAAUUCGAGUGGACGUUGCUGAUCAAGCACAGGAUAAAGACAGGGACGAUCGUUCUUUUGGCCGUGAUAGAAAUCGGGAUUCUGACAAAACUGAUACAGACUGGAGGGCUCGUCCUGCCACAGACAGCUUUGAUGACUACCCGCCUAGAAGAGGUGAUGAUAGCUUUGGAGACAAGUAUCGAGAUCGUUAUGAUUCAGACCGGUAUCGUGAUGGGUAUCGGGAUGGGUACCGGGAUGGCCCUCGCCGGGAUAUGGAUCGAUAUGGCGGCCGGGAUCGCUAUGAUGACCGAGGCAGCAGAGACUAUGAUAGAGGCUAUGACUCCCGGAUAGGCAGUGGCAGAAGAGCAUUUGGCAGUGGAUACCGCAGGGAUGACGACUACAGAGGAGGCGGGGACCGCUAUGAAGACCGAUAUGACAGACGGGAUGAUCGGUCAUGGAGCUCCAGAGAUGAUUACUCUCGGGAUGAUUAUAGGCGUGAUGAUAGAGGUCCGCCCCAAAGACCCAAACUGAAUCUAAAGCCUCGGAGUACUCCUAAGGAAGAUGAUUCCUCUGCUAGUACCUCCCAGUCCAGUCGAGCUGCUUCUAUCUUUGGAGGGGCAAAACCCGUUGACACAGCUGCUAGAGAAAGAGAAGUAGAAGAACGGCUACAGAAGGAACAAGAGAAGUUGCAGCGUCAGCUGGAUGAGCCAAAACUAGAAAGACGGCCUCGGGAAAGACACCCAAGCUGGCGGAGUGAAGAAACUCAGGAACGGGAACGGUCGAGGACAGGAAGUGAAUCAUCACAGACUGGGACCUCCACCACAUCUGGCAGAAGUAAGUCAGACCAGGAUGCACGAAGGAGAGAGAGUGAGAAGUCUCUAGAAAAUGAAACACUCAGUAAGGAGGAAGAUUGUCACUCUCCAACUUCUAAACCUCCCAAACCUGAUCAGCCCCUAAAGGUAAUGCCAGCCCCUCCACCAAAGGAGAAUGCUUGGGUGAAGCGAAGUUCUAACCCUCCUGCUCGAUCUCAGAGCUCAGACACAGAGCAGCAAUCCCCUACAAGUGGUGGGGGCAAAGUAGCUCCAGCUCAACCAUCUGAGGAAGGACCAGCCAGGAAAGCAGAUGAAAAUAAAAUAGAUGGGAUGAACGUCCCAAAAGGCCAAACUGGGAAUUCUAGCCGUGGUCCAGGAGACGGAGUGAACAAAGACCACUGGAAGGAGUCAGAUCGGAAAGAUGGCAAAAAGGAUCAAGACUCCAGAUCUGCACCUGAGCCAAAGAAACCUGAGGAAAAUCCAGCUUCCAUGUUCAGUUCUGCGAGCAAGUAUGCUGCUCUCUCCGUUGAUGGUGAAGAUGAAAACGAGGGAGAAGAUUAUGCCGAAUAGACCUCAACAUCCUGUGCUUUCUCCUAAUUUCUCUCCACCCUGGAACAUUCGAGAGCAAAUCAAACCUCUAUCCAGACAAGACAAAAUAAAACUCACCAUCUCCUGGAGACCUUUCUUACCUUUUUUUUUUUAAAUGGAAUUCUUUUGCAUGCUGCUGCAGCCUUUAAAGUAUUGAAGUAACUGGAGAAUCGCCAAUAUAGCCAGAGAGAAAGAGACUACAGCUUUUUGUGGAAAAGUUGUGGUGCGUUGUGUCACCAUGCACUUGCCAGUGUGAUUAGUGCCUAGGGGCCUCCAUUGAGCAGAAAUGGUAAUGACAGUGAUAAAACGUCUGGAAUCUGGUUGGGCAGUAGGGGAGGGAGGUAUAAGGAAAAGUAUGAGAUUUCUACCUUUCAGUUUUUAUCCUGUUGUGGCAUAUAUGAAUUCUCAAACAUUAUCUGAAUAAAUUUUCCACUCUUGGAAAGGUAGAUUUAGCCUCAAGUUGUUUUAGCUUCCAGGAGGCUGCCAGCCCCUCCUCAUAUUUAAUUCUGAGUUUUGGGGGCCAGCCUAGGGGAAAUUCCUUCGUUUUUUUUCUUUAACCCCCCAAGGGGGUAGUUGGGAGUGAGUCAAUAGAUCAUAAAAAAUAAGACUAUUGGACCAAAAUAUGGGAAAAUCGUGGUUUGAAAAACUGCUUUUGGGAGGUGAUGAGUCAUUUAGCACCAGGUAAUAGGGAAAAAUUGUGUGACCUCCAACAAACAUGAAUGGUUAUUUCCUGGAGCCGGAAGCAUUUGGGGGUCGUAAUUCCCGGUACUUUUUGUGCCCUGGUUUUACCCUUUCUAAGCACUGUCCUUUUUGAAAAUUCGAAUAUAUCCACAUUCUGUUGAAACCUUGACAGGAUGUCACAAAGUUCUUCAUGCUACUCUCAGCCUCCCAAAAAGCUGUCUCUAAGUCACAGGCGACCUCUUGGGCAUUUUCUCUCAGCCAUGGAGAGCUGUGAAAGGAAGAUUCGCUGCUUUUCUCAAGCAAAUCUUGAUGUCUUUUGGUUCUCACUCCUUGUCUGCUCCUGAUGCUUUGACCCCUUUUAUAGAUCAGAGUGCUCUAGAAUAAUGGAUGAUCUUGGAUGAUAAAUAAAGGUGGAUAAAUAGGAACAGGGACAGUUAAAUUGGGAGCGUUUCCUGCAAUCUCGAGUCCCAUCCGUCCCCCGCCCCCCUGCCCCACCACCACCACCACCACCACCACCAGGUUUCCUUCACUGAAAAUGCCACACCAGUGCUUCCUGGAUUUAUGGGGUGGCCAGACCAAUGUGUGUUUUUCUUUUUUUUUUUUUUUUAAAGCUUCCCUUGAGAGAAUAAAUGGUAAUGGAGAGAACUAUUUAACAAGGUCCUGGUUUCUCUUGCAACACAGUAGCUAAACUUGCCUGCUUUUAUGUGCAGUUUUGUAGGGAUCAGCUUCGUAGACAGUAUUAGCGGAGAAAUGACACCCUGAUCUUGGUUUGCAAGCCCUUCUCCUGUCAGCCCUAGAUUAGGUCCUGUUCAGCCAUUCGGGGGUGUUGGUUUAUGCGUGCUGCAGCAGUGGGCAUAAUGAAUAUAAUUUACCCAGUGGACAAAGGUGUGUACCAAGUGAAUUUAAAUAAUUGGUGUGGAUUGGCCAGUAGCUAAGAAGUGGGCUUUUAAAGAUACUAAAGAUUGAAAGGUUUUUUGUUUGUUUGUUUUUUUAAAGAAAAACCAUUGAUUGUGGAUAACGAAAAGCUAGGGUUUGCCCUCUUCAUGUCUACUCUCCUUUCAAAUAGUUGUAUCCAAAACGCUUUUUCCCUCUCCCCAACCUUGCCCCAUUAAAAUAUAAACGGGGAUUGGUUAAUGUCCCUCUCCUGAAUACAUGUAAAAUUUGUACAAAAAUAUCUUCUAUGAAAAUGAUUUGUAAUCUGUAGACUUAUUACCUGGGAGAUGUCUUGAGAUGUAAAAUCCCAUCCUUUGGGUUGUGGGUUUUUUGUUUUCUCCAAAUAAAUCUGAUCUUUAAAGUUCA